GAUGGAAAGAAAUAAUUAAAAAAAAAAUAAUUAAAUAAUAAUAAUUAUAAUAAUUACGAAUAAGAUGAAAAUAUUGUGACCACGCGUAAUUCUCAUUAGCUUUAUUAUAACUUAUUAAAUCGAUUAUUAACGAUUAAAGACGAAAUAAAAAAGAAAACGAAAAAAACGAAAAGAGGAAAAAGAAAAAUACAGAGAGAGAGAGAGAGAGAGAGAGAGAGAGAGAGAGAGAGAGAGAGAGAGAGAGAGAUAAUAUGAUAUUGAUAAAAAUGCAAUGUUCGACGAAGACAAGGUUAGAAAGUGAUAAAAUUGAAAGAUCGAUAAGAUCUAUGGAUUUCUUAUCGAUAUCUCGACGAUGAAAGAAAAAGAAAAGAAAGAAGGAGGAAGGAAAGAGAAGACAAGAGAAAAAAAACUAGUCCGUAAGAAGAUCAGAUAAUGACGGAGUCUCCAACACCAUCGACGAGCAAAUGCCACGACGAUAAAUCCGAUAAAUCCGAGAAGGUGGUUUUUCUGCAAAUUCAGGAUAUAAACUGUCAGGUAGCACAAUUUCGCGAUCUCCUUAUAAACGUCGGCCAACCACGUGACUGUCCAGAAUUACGCGAGAAAAUUCGAAAAUUGCGAAGAAGCUGCGUUGAAGCUUGCAAGGGAACAUCUCAACUUGUCCUGCCUCAAGUACGAAGCGCGAUGGAUGUUGGAAUACCAGCGGAUAGUCCAAAUUUGGUCCUAUUAUUCUUCGUAACGCAAUUGUUCCUUCGUGAAUUGUCGAAGAGUAAAAAUCUGAUAAGAAUUGUACCAAUGGAUAUGUCUGGAUAUUUUGAGAGCAGAGCGGGUCCGUCGAAUAUUGGCAACGUUAUCUCUCAGAUCCUGUUAUGCAAGCAGAUCACGCCCGACUUCAACGAGGAGGAAUUGUGCAGCAUCAAAAAGGAUUCCGAAGAGAUAGGUGCACUGAUCGCUGAGUUACAGGAAUUCAUGCCCCAAUCCGAGGCUGAUACAGAAAAAUGUGUGGCCCUACAGGAAGCCGGAAAUCGCGUAACUCGUAAUAAUGGCGGACGAAAAGUGAAUCGAUGGAAUACUAGCAACAGAUCGCGACAAUCCUCCUACUGUCGCUGUGGUUUCAAGUUUCUCUGUUGUACCGCCAGAACGAAUUACAUUUGAGAUUUGCAGAAUGGGUUGUAGCAGUGAAGGGCUUCCACCUGAAGAACUAUCAAAGAAGAAGAAAAAAGUAGUAGAAGCAAUCAACAACUCUCGUUCAAUUUAAUUUCAUUUCUUUUUCAUUUUCUUUUCUUUCUUUUUUUUUUUCUUUUUCUUUCCUUUUCUUUCUUUUCUCAUAUUCUUUCAUAUCCUUUCAUAUCCUUCAUUCACUCUUCGCGAGUGCAUUUCUCGCUUCAUAUUUUUUAUAUGUUUAUUUAUUUCAAAAAUUAAAUCGAAAAAUCUUUUACAAAUUCAUGUUUUACGUUUCUUUAUUUUUGAUUUGCAUAACAAAACUUUGUAUCAUCAAAAUAAUUCUACAUCUCUAUCGUAUAUCUUUCUAAUAUUUCAAUGAAUUUAUUAUCUUUUUCUUUUAUUUCCUCUUCUUCUUAACUAUAUGUAUUUUUAACUAAUAUAUAAGAACAGUCGAUCGUUUAAUUAUUAAUGAAUAUUUAAUAAUGUACAUUAUAUGUAAGUACAUAUAUAUUUGAAAAUUCGCGCGAUCGCCAUCUUGAUUUAUAUUAUCAAGCGACCGACCAAUGAGAAACGAUUUCGAUCUAAUUCUUAAAAUAUAGAAAGUAUGCCGCACUGAAUUUCCCUGAUUUAGAUCUAUAUCGAUAUUUAUUUUUCGAAUCUUUCAAUGAAUUUAUUAUAUUUCUAUUAAUAUCUUUCUAAUUUAUAUAUGAAAACAGUUAAUGGAUUUUAAAUAAUGUAUGCUAUAUAUAAGUACGUGUUUGAAAAUUCGCGCGAUUAUCAUCUUGAUUUUGUAUUAUCGAACGACCGACCAAUGAGAAACGAUCUCGAUUUAACCCCUAAAUUAAAUGAAAAUAUGUCGCACACGACGCGUUUCCUGAAUUAUUCGAUACGUUAAUAAGUUAAUAAGUUGAUGAUUUAGAAAACGAGAGUAUGGCCUUUGAUAAAGAAAAAUAGAGAAAAAAAAAAGAAAA